GUAUAAAAAAUGGAAACCACAAAGAAAUUUUUAUGGAGGGAGUUGUUCUGCCACGAUUGGGAAAUAUGGGGUCGAAUUUUCAUUUUACAAAAAUUUUGGCUAAGACUUGAAGAAACAAAUCAAGAGAGCGAGAAGACAGAGGGUGGAGAGUGGUGGUUUAAGGCUUCUCCAAAAUCGUGGAGGCCUUAAACACCUCAAUCGAUUCAAACACUUAUUCACUUUCUUCAAAAAUAUUUCCGCCCUUCGAAUUCGCCGAGAUAUACUAUUAUUUUGCAAAUUCAAAUUAUUAGUAUAUAUAGAAUUGAAAAGGCAAAAGAAGAUGAGCGGUGUGAUUGGUCCGACGGCGGCAACGAGACGCAACAGUAUGGCCCAGAAGCGCAACCCCUCCUCCACCGUGAAGCGGUCUUCGGGGCCUUCAUCGGAGAACGGCUCCGCCGCUAAUGGCACCAACGUCAAGCCCUCUUCCCCUCCUCACUUGUCUACUGCUGGUGAGAGAACAGUGAAGAAGCUUCGGUUAUCCAAGGCACUCACAAUUCCCGAGGGGACCACUGUAUUAGAUGCCUGUAGAAGAAUGGCCGCCAGACGUGUUGAUGCUGUUCUUCUCACUGAUGCUAAUGCUUUACUUUCAGGAAUUGUCACUGAUAAGGACAUAGCGACGAGGGUUAUAGCAGAAGAGUUGAGACCCGAGCAGACAUUAAUUUCAAAAGUUAUGACAAGAAACCCAACUUUUGUGAGCUCAGAUUCUCUGGCUAUUGAUGCAUUGCAGAAGAUGGUCCAAGGGAAAUUUAGGCAUCUUCCAGUAGUUGAGAAUGGUGAAGUCAUAGCAAUAUUAGAUAUUACUAAAUGCCUUUACGAUGCCAUAUCAAGAAUGGAGAAAGCUGCAGAGCAGGGAAGUGCUAUUGCAGCAGCAGUUGAAGGUGUUGAACGCCAAUUUGGAAGCAACUUCUCUGCAUCAUCGGCUCUCAUAGAAACACUUCGCGAACGCAUGUUCAAACCUUCUCUGUCUACUAUCAUUUCCGAGACUUCCAGGGUUGCAACUGUAUCGCCUUCGGACCCAGUUUAUGUUGCUGCUAAAAGAAUGCGGGAAUCACGGGUCAAUUCAGUUCUUAUUAUGACUGGAAACAACAUUCAGGGGAUACUCACUUCAAAAGAUAUUCUUAUGCGAGUUGUGGCUCAAAACCUCUCUCCUGAGCUUACUCUAGUGGAGAAGGUAAUGACGUCCGACCCUGAAUGUACAACACUAGAUACAACUAUUCUUGACGCACUGCACAUAAUGCGUGAUGGGAAAUUUUUACAUCUUCCAGUUGUUGACAAAGAUGGAACUGUUGCAGCUUGUGUGGAUGUUUUGCAGAUCACUCAUGCAGCAAUUUCUAUGCUCGAAAAUAGCUCUGGUACAGUUAAUGAUGCAGCGAAUACUGUGAUGCAAAAAUUUUGGGAUUCAGCACUUAACUUGGAGCCCGCUGACGAGUGUGAUACUCAAAGUGAGAUGUCUAUGUCCCAAUAUGUCCCAUCAGAUGCUAUAGAACAUUUGAAACCUUCUUACCCAGUUGGAAAUUCAUUUUCUUUUAAACUUAAGGACCAUAAAGGACGUAUGCACAGAUUUAUUCUGGUCACAGAGAGUUUAGCUGAACUUGUUUCGGCUGUUAUGCAACGGGUGGGUGUAUCUAAUGAUCAAAAUCGCCCUCAACUUCUGUAUGAAGAUGAUGAAGGUGACAAAGUUCUGCUUACAACGGAUGGAGAUUUGGCUGGUGCUGUUGCCCAUGCAAAAUCUGUGGGACAAAAGGUCUUGAGGAUUCAUUUGGAGUACUAUGAUUCGAGUCAAGAAACGAGAGAAUUGUCAUCUGCUACCGCGGCUACAGAAGCCAUGGCUACAAAAGAGCGCAAAUCAAACUCCCUCGGCUAUGGGAUAUUUGCAGGAGCAGUUGCUGUGACCACCAUCGGUGUACUGGUAUAUUUGAAGCGCUCAAAAGUAUGAUGCUAUGAAUUGCCUCUUGAAGGAACAAGUAACUCAUUUUGUAGGUAGUAUAAAAAAAAAUGCCGUAAUACAAGGCCAUGUGAAAUAUGGCAAAAGUUGAAUUAUUUUAUAUUACCAUCUUUUAUGGUAUAUCUUUUAGGGUCUUUAGGUUUUUUUUUUUUCUUGUAAUAAAAUCUUAAUUCAGCUACUCCAGGGGAACAAAAUUGUACAUCUUAGGGGCUAUCUGAAGUUCUGAACAACUUUUUGGUUGAAUCAGAUAUAACCCACUAUUGGGAUGUUAGCAUAA